AUGACAAGUUCGUCUCUAUCCUCCGUUUCAUCAUCAUCGCUAAUAAAUGAUUUCACUGUUCCAUUCAAUUCUGAUCUAUCAAUUAUAAAGAAUAAUAAUAAACACGACGAUUUAACACGUACAAAAACAUUAAAUAAUUACCAUAAUAAGUUUUCACGUCAAAAAAAUAAUAGUUUCUAUAAAAAAAAAAAUAAACCUGGUAUAUAUGCAUUCUUUACUGCUAGUCAAUAUUCAGCAAUUACAGAACCACAAGUACAAUCUAUUGAACCAGCAUAUAAGCAAUGUUUUGAUGAAGUUGUUCGAACAUAUAUGGAAGAAGUAAAUAAAAUAUCAAGAAAUAUGUGUCGAUUUUUAGAAUAUAAAAAUACUUUUUGUGACUAUUAUAAAUAUCAACCACAAUUUGGAAUGAAUUAUAUUUUAGAUUUAUUUCUUAUCUAUCGAAAAUUGUCUGGCAAAAAAGUGUCGGCAUCCGUACGAAAACAUGUAUAUGUCGUGCAAAAAUUUUGUCCUCUUUACUUUCGUGAAUUAUCAUCAGCAUAUUCAAGUGCAAUAUUAUCUUCUUCAGGAGCUGGUUCUCCUUAUCAUGUUAAUUUAACUUCACCGGUGACUACUAAUAUAAAUACGAUUAAAACUUCAUCUUCUAUUCUUAUACAUAUCAUUGUACCUGUUAGCGGACGUCUCUCUACGCUUAAACGAUUGUUAACUAAUUUUCAUCAUGUUGUUAUGCACAGUAAUGAUACGAAAUUACUUAAUUUACAUCUUCAUGCUAUUCUAAUGGAAACAUCAGAAGACAGUGAUGAACGAAUGUCAACAAUAGUUGAUUAUAUUAAAAAAUUUAUUGAGAAUCAUCAAGCAUCACGUAUACAUUUAACUGAAGUUAGAAAUGAAAAUUUUACAUGCGGUUAUGCAAGUUCAUAUGGUUCAUCUCACUUUAAUGAUACAGAUCUUUUAUUUUUUAUUUAUUUUGAUAUGGCUUUUAUUCGAGAUUUAUUUCCACGUAUACAUGCUCAUACUAUUUUUUCAUAA